GGACGCCGCCGGUCAUUGUGUCUCCUCCUCUUCGCUGCUGGCUGGGCUCUGUUCUUGGCAAGGGGCUUCUGACCAUGGAGAGCUUCCUGGGCACACAGUCCUUGGGAGAGGAGUCGCUCCAGAUGUGGAACCUCAACAAACGCCUGGAGGCCUACCUGGCCAGGGUGAAGUACCUGGAGGAGGAGAACGAGCUGCUGAAAGCGGAGAUCCAGACCCUGAAAGUGAGUCCGGUGGAGAACUCCUGGAGAGGCAAAUAUGAGGAGCAGAUGGCGGCCUUGAGAACCACCCUGGACGAGGCCUUCAGGGAGAAGUAUGUGGCGGAGCUCGCCAGGGACAACCUGUACGAGGAGGUCCAGCAGGUGAAGAGCAGGUGCCAGAAGGAGCGGGCGGCCCAGGAAGAGGCAAAGAAGCUUCUGUCCCUGAGUAAGCAGGAACUGGAAGAGGAGAAGCGGACCCACCUUUGGCUGUGGGAAAGAGCUUCCCAGCUGGAAAAGGAGGUGGAGGCGCUGGUGGAAGCCCAUGAAGAAGAGAGGGCUGGGCUGGACCGGGAGGUGGCUGGCUUCUCCUGGAGCCUGGAGGGCUUCCGGGCUGCCCCAGCACCUUUCCAGCCUGUGGAGGUGGAGGACUAUUCGAAGAAGCUCUCCAGCAUCUGGAGGGGGGCCGUGGAGACCUACAAGACAGAGGUCUCUCAGCUGGAGGCCUCCCUUGGCGAGGCCAAGGAGAACCUGUGGAAGGCCACGGAGGGCAACCGGCAGAACCAGCUGCAGCUGCAGCAGCUCAAGAAAGAGCUGGCCGGCCUCAAGUUCCAGAAGGAGAUGCUGGAGCAGAGUCUCUCCCAGCAGUGGCAAAACCAGCAAGGGGAAGCCGAGAAGCUCCAGUUGGCCAUUGAGGCUCUGGAGGAGGAGAAGCGAUCCCUGAGGGUGCAGAUCACUCAAAUCUUGGAGGACAGGCAGCAACUGAUGCAUCUGAAAAUGUCCCUCAGCCUUGAGGUGGCCACGUACAGGACGCUUCUGGAGACAGAGAGCACAAGGCUACAGAUGCCAGCCACAGACUACAAUGUGGCCAAUGGCCUUAGAGAUGCCAAACUGGAAACAAGCAACAGUAAACUUCAAGCCGUGUCUCUAGAUAGAGGGCGUCUGGGGUCCCGGGACCUCAGACCAAGCCCCUCCACCUUCUUGAAGGGAAAUAUGAAGUCUCGGCUACCCAAGAACCAAAACAAGUCCUUCACGGUAAAUCUAGCUUCCAUGCUCCCCAAGAGCAGAAGCCCUGUGACUAGGGAGUUUCAGAAAGCCAACACGGUCCUUCAGUCCCAAUCCACAAAGAGUUUUGAUGGGUCAUUGCUUCAAAAAGAUAUUCCAGCAUUUGUUGACCCACCUGCUUUCAAGCUGGGCUCAUCCCAAGUGAUAACGGCCACCAAAGUUGAAACGGUUUCGCAGUCAUUCUUCCAUGAGUCCUCUCUGCCUGUCAGCUCCGUCAGUCCCGCAGUUCCAGAUGUCUUGAAAGAGAACAGCUCAAACACAGAGCAAAGAAGACUCCAGAAAGGAGGACAAGGCAGAGAUGAAACUGCAAUCCAACUGGAAGGUGGAGGUGAUACUGCCACUCAACUGGAAACAGAGGAAAUGGGGGAGAAGGAGGAACUUUACGAGUAUGAAGAGGGGGAGCAGCCCAGUGAAGAACCACCAGGAAAGACCACCACCCAAAAUGUGCCUUAUCCCACUCAGCUGGUCACUGAAGCCUUAGAAAUUGCACUCAAAGAAGUUAAUGAAGGGGACGUCUGCUUUGAAUCUGUCUUGCUCAACGUGCCUCCAACUCAGAAUGGGGUUCUUUCCGGUGAUGCUUUGUCCAUGGAAGAAGACAAUGGGGCAGAUUCUUCUCUAAGUAUUGGCGUGUUAGAAGAAACUGUACCCAGGCUGCACAAAGACGAAAUGGAAGACAGUCAACUAAUGGAUCUACCAGAGGAUGCUAAAGACUCUGAAGUGUCUGUUGAGGUUAAUGGCAGCCGAGAAGUCUGCGCUGAGCAGCCAGAAGGGGAGAUAGAGGUGUGGGUGACCCGGGACGUAGAAUCAUCCCAUGAAACUGAAUUAUUAGAGGAAGAAAGAAGCUUCUCUACCCGGCAAAACAAAGAAGAAAUUGUAGCAGAUGCUCCAAUCAUAGGAAAAAUGGCAAGUGAUAAAGAAACAAGAUUUUCAGAGGAGAAUGAGGGUGAUGAUGAACAGCCACCAAUUUUACAAAGUGUUGAGCUCAGUGAUGACUUGGAGGUGACCAAGUGCACAGAAUUAACACAUCAUCCAGGUCAAGCAACACCUGCCACAUUGACAGGCGAAAAGGAGAGUUGGGAGCCUAGCACAAGCCAUCGUGACGAGCAGCCAGGUGCCACAGGGGGGGACUUAGAGGAGACCGAUGGAGGAGCAGAAGACUUAGAAGUGAUGAGCACAGAAGCACUGCAUCUGUCAGAGGAUGAGGAGAGGAGAGAGUCCUGGAGUCCUUCACGGGAAAAUGAAGAAUAUGACUUCCAGGCAGAGACACUGGAAAGUGAGCUUUUACAGAUGGAAGAGUUUGCCAUUGAAAAUCUGUCACCACUAAGCCACCCAGCUUUAUCUGGAGAAAGUUGCCAGGAGCAUCUCUUUCUUGGGGUGGAGCAGGAAAAUCUUGAGGAAAAAGGAACACCACUUUACGAGACAGAUGCUACAAUGUCAGAGGAAGAAGAAAAAGAGAUGGUUCUAGAGACGAAGGCCUUAUGUUUCGCCAUGGAAGCUGAAGAGGCCAUUUUGAGAGAAGAAAUCUCAGAAAGGAAUGAAGAGAAUAUUGUCUUCGCUGAUGAGCCCAGAGUUAUAGAGAGCACAGAUGCUGAGGAAGAGCAUGGGGGAAAGCUAAGGGAAGAUACUGAACAAGAGAAUGCUUUGGACAAUGAAGACAUGAUAAAGGAAGAUAUAUCAGACAAGGAGGCAGUCAACUUACAAGAUGAGACCCAUGAGUCAGAUACCAUCUUACAGGAUAAUGUUCUGGGACAGGAGAGUGCUAAAGAAGGGCAAACAGAAGAAACGGGAGAGGCAUCUCAAGGACAACUGGUGAUGGGGCAAAAGGUUGAGGGAGAAGAGAGCACAAAGGCUUCUUCUGAAGCAAGUGUUGAUAACUUGAAAAGAGAAGAUUCAGUAAUGGGCACAGAAGCAACAGAAACCGAAAGUGAAGAGAAAGUGGGCAUUCUGGAGAAGGAAGAAAUAAUGGACCAUGUCAGUACAAAUGACUUGCAGAACAAGGAAAAUCUGCCACAAUGUGAUGAAGCCAAACCAGAGGUUGGGACCAGUGCACUGCAGACGGAAGAGCAGCAGGUUGAUGGUGAAAAAGAAGACAAUGAAAAGCCCCCUAGCCAACAGAUAACCACCCUUGAGCAAUGCACAGUCGAUGAAGCCAGAAAAGCUUCACAAGAGCAGAGUGAUUCUAUAAAUGAGCUUGAAGCCAAGGACCACAGUAGCUCACAGGCCCAUAUCGAGAUGCCUUCUGGAAGUGACCGGCAGUUGCAGAGUGAUUAUUCAGGGUCCGAGGAUUCCCUUGAAUCCUUAGAUACCUCCCUAAAUCCCUCCUGUGAAACAGAUGAGAGCACAAAGGAGCUUGAAAGUAGUAAACAAAUUAUACUGGAGGAGACAUUGCCAGAUCACACACCCUUGUAUAUGUAUGAUGGGCAGAUGUUGGCUGUGACUGGGAAGUGCCAAAUGGUUCCAGAGAGUGAAGAGGCUGCGGAGACAUUUCUCUUAACCAAAGACAGAACUAUUUCAUUGGAGGAUACACAACAAACAAUGAAGGAACAGGGUCCAUGCAGUUCCGAAGCAGAAGAAAACAAAGAACAGGUGGAAAUAGCCAAGAUAUUGGAGAGUACGGAAGAGGAAGGAGGCAGCAACACAGCAUUUGCUCUCAACCAAGCUGCAGAAGGGCUUCCGAUGUCAAAAGAUUUAGAAGACGCUCAGGCUGAAACCUUGGAUAAUGCAGACCUGCGCAUAAUAAAACAUGAAAUGCCAAGAGGGGAAGAAUGUUUUGCACAGUUGGAUGCAGAAUCCAGUGAACAAUUGGGGGGAACUUUCAAACAAGAAACUCCAGUGGCAAAAGAUUUAGAAGAAGCCAAGACUGAAACCUCAAAACUAAUUGAAGAUAAUGCAGACCUACACACAAUAAAACAUGAAAUGCCAAGAGAGGAAGAGCGUUUUAUGCAAUUGGAUACAGAAUCUGAUGAACAAUCAGGGGAAACUUCCAAUCAAGAACCUGCAGUGUCAAAAGAUUUAGAAGCAGCUCAGGCUGAAACUUUGGAUAAUCCAGACCUGCACACAAUAAAACAUGAAAUGCCAAGAGAGGAAGAGUGUUUUACACAGUUGGAUGCAGAAUCCAAUGAACAAUCAGGGGAAACUUCCAAACAAGAACCUCCAGUGUUAAAAGAUUUAGAAGAAGCUCAGGCUGAAACUUCAGAUAAUGCAGACCUGCACAUAAUAAAACAUGAGAUGCUUAGCGAGGAAGAGCAUUUUACACAGUUGGAUGCAGAAUCUGAUGAACAAUCAGAGAAAACUUCCAAACAAGAACCUCCAGUGUUAAAAGAUUUAGAAGAAGCUGAGGCUGAAACUUCAGAUAAUGCAGACCUGCACACAAUAAAACAUGAAAUGCCAAGAGAGGAAGAGUGUUUUACACAGUUGGAUGCAGAAUCCAAUGAACAAUCAGGGGAAACUUCCAAACAAGAACCUCCAGUGUCAAAAGAUUUAGAAGAAGCUCAGGCUGAAACUUCGGAUAAUGCAGACCUGCACAUAAUAAAACAUGAGAUGCUUAGCGAGGAAGAGCAUUUUACACAGUUGGAUGCAGAAUCUGAUGAACAAUCGGGGAAAACUUCCAAACAAGAACCUCCAAUGUUAAAAGAUUUAGAAGAAGAUGAGGCUGACACUUUGGAUAAUGCAGACCUGCAUACAAUAAAACAUGAAAUGCCAAGAGAGGAAGAGCGUUUUACACAGUUGGAUACAGAAUCCAAUGAACAAUUGGGAGAAGAAACUUUCAAACAAGAACCUCCAGUGUCAAAAGAUUUAGAAGAAGCUGAGGCUGAAACUUCAGAUAAUGCAGACCUGCACAUAAUAAAACAUGAGAUGCUUAGAGAGGAAGAGUGUUUUAGACAGUUGGAUGCAGAAUCUGAUGAACAGUUGGGUGAAACUUCCAAACAACAACCUCCAGUGUCAAAAGAUUUAGAAGGAGGUCAGGCUGAAACCUCAGAACUCAUUGGAGAUAGUGCGGACCUGCAUACAAUAAAACAUGAGAUGCCAGGACAGGAAGAAAGUUUUGCACAGUUGGAUGUAGAAUCCGACAAACAAUCUGGGGAAAUCUUCAAACAAGUAAGCAAUACAGAAAAAGAACCUAGAUUAGGAGAACUGCUCCAUGAGGAAGCAAGUGGGAUGGAUAUCGCUUGGGAGCUAGAAAUGGACACUGUUUUCCAAGCAGAUCAGGUUGACCCCAGCAGCACCCAGGAAGGUGUCUGUGUGGAAAAUGAUAGCCCUUUGGAAUUUAGUGACCCAAGUAACUUAGAAACUGAAGGUACCCAUAAAGUUUCUCCUCUGACUAGUGUUGCUGACUUGGGAGAAAUUGUGUUGGAAGGAGAACUGUCUCCAGAUGUUCAGAAAGAUGAUGAAGAAUCCCAAAGUGUGGCUUACUAUGAGGAUGAAAGUUUGCCCUUUGUCCAUGAAUCCCAACAAAUCACUGACCUAGGAAAUGGUAGAAGAGAAGAUUCCACCCAGCAGAGAGAUCUUGCUGAGGGGGAUCCAAACAGGGAGGAUGUUCCAGAUCCUUCACCAGAGGCAGUUGUAAAUAUUUCGAUAGAGAGUAUGAAAGACUCCGAUAUCCUGGAAAUUGUAGAACAGGCUCUGGAGUUUAACCAAGAGUUGAUCAAAGCUGUAGAGCGGGAUGUUGAAAUGGAGCAGCCAGCAACUGAUAGAGAUGAACACAGUUCCCAAGAAGAAUACAGUCACUGCACCUCUGUUGGAUUAUCUGAUACAGAUGAAUCCCAGAUUCUCACAGGGAUUCUGGAGGCCUCCUCUCCCAGUGCCAAAGACACAACAGGAUUCAGCCAUCUGUGGGUUGAAAACAAUGAGAAUGGGCUGCAGCCAGAUCCCAGCCUCACAGAUUUAAAUGAGGAGAUCCUGAAUGGCAUUGGAGAUCUCCAUCCUGGAAAUGUGGCAUAUGAUGUUGGCACUGCUGGAGAGGAAUUAAUCAAGAAGGUCAUUAUCACCCAGCAGUUUCAUGAAGAGGAGCUGAAUGACUUCUCUGUGCGGGAGACUAUAAGCCAGAGUCCACUUGCCAAUGAAGAAGAGGCACCACAAACUGGAGAAGAUCAUUCUGAAGCCUAUGAAAGAGUUUCACCAGGCCAUAGAGGGCAGGAGGCCCUGGAUAGUGAUGAGAGAAUAUUUGCUGACAUAAUACAGACUGCUUGCAUGAAAGGAAAGGAUGCUGAGCUGGAGACCAUUUCAACCCCACCACAUUUUGGAGAUGAAGUUCUCCGCCUGGAGGCCAGCCAACAGCUGAAGUUCCGACCAGAAGAUAACGAUGAGCUGUGGUCUUCUGAAGACAACUGAAAGAUUAUAUCCUGGCUUUUAACGCUUAAUAAGAUCAAUUUUGGCAAAUGGGGUCACUCUUUCACCUCCACAAUAUAUUUCUUCCCUAGAUACCCUCCCCCCAUUUUAAAUUAGGCCGUCAAACUGACAAUCAAAAGCAUUGUUUAGAUAGAAUAUUUACCCCUUUAACACUUCCACCUUAUGGUAGUGAUUUUUGUUUGUUUUAAACCAAACACUUUUGUUUACUAAGCAUUCAAGUCCAGUGCCUUGUAGGAUGUAGUAAGCUAGAUUCAGAGGUUGGGGCUUUAAUCGUAGGUUUUCAUGUUCUCCUUAAGGAAACCAGUUAUUUGGGAGAGGAAACAGUCAAAAGUCUUGAGUGGCCUUUGUUGCUGGCUAAGUCUACAGGAAAAUCUGUUGGUUAGUAGUGAUCAGGUCUCCUUUAUGCUGGCAUCCUAAGUGCUUGAACCAGUAUGUUGCCUGAAAUACCACGAGAUCAUCACAUUUGGCGGCAAUGUUGCAGAGCAAAGACAUUUGGUACUUUCAGUACUUGGUGGCUGGCACAGCAAUUCUAAAGACUGGGCUGUAAAAGACCAUCUCCUUGUCAUGGAUCCACGGUUAUCCAUGGAUCAUAUAAUCGUUUCCCUUUCUUUGCUUGUGCAUUCUGGAAUAUACGGUUGUGCACAAAUGAUUAUUUAUCUGGAGCAACAGGAAUGGCCACAAAUGAAACUGGGGUUGUGGGCGUGGGAGAGCCUUGUAGCAGGUGCAAGGGAAAACCUGCUCGCUGCAUUUUCCGUCAUUGCAGCUGUUUCCACUAGUCUCUUACAUGUCAAGGGAGUAUUGAAAUUUCCUAGACCAGCUCACAAGCAGCUUCUGGUCCAGUCAACUUCCCUCCUAAAGUAAACAAAAAACCGCCUCCCCACUUGCUCCUGGAUUAUGUUCCAAGAGGAGCCUUAAACUGAGAGUUGUUGGAAUUCAACCUGGCUCCAGAGAAGUCUGAAAGUCCUCAGCAUCAAUGUGAAUUCAUGAUAUUACCUUCCCCAUUUCCCUCUUAACCUGCUCCUGUUGGGAUAGGUUUUCCAACAACCUAAUCCACCUCUUGUUUGUCUGUGUGCAUGUGUGAGCUUGUGCAUUUUACAAAGUACAUAUACUUUUUAAAAAACGCCUGUCCCUGUGCCAAAAUUCCAGAGCUUUCUUUGUUUGUUUUUUUAAUGAGUGAGGGGAGGGGAGGGAACCAAUUUAAAUGCCUGGUAUGCUGCUCCUAAACACCUCUGUUGGCAUGUCUACUAGACAAGGGAAUAUAAAAAAUCCAGAUUGCUGCUUUGAGGCAGGGACCACAGUUGUUACACCCCAUACUCAGCAAUUGGAGGCCAAUCUUCUAGGUAAUCAUCCUGCCAAAUCUUGUUUAUAGAGAUGGGAGCUGCAGAAGACCCACCAACAAGUGGACCUUGCAGAUCCCAACUGCCACACUAUGGCAUCUUGAAAGGGAGUGAGCCCUAUAGGUGCUGCUUCCUAACGUCAAAGCAUUGUGUUUGUAGUGAUAGUUUUGCAGUGAAUCUAGAAUGGUAACUACACACAACUCGUCCACUUCCAGCAAGUGCCUUUGUCUCCCUGGGGCUGAGAAAACGGUUGCAGGUGGCUGUAGACUACAGUCUUUCCUUUUGUCCCUGCUACAUCCUGCCUUCCUAGCAGAGGCCAUGCAUUCUUAACAUUCUCAGGCCAUGCUAUGGAGGCAGCAGUGGUGGCACACAGGGCCAGCCCUGUGGUUUCUGGUGCCCUAGGCAAUGUCUGAUUUGGGGACUUCCCCAGCCAUGAAGUGCAGAGCCCUGGCUUUAACCUGAGUUGUGCAGGCUACUCCUUCUUGAGGUCGAAUGACUAGUCUGCACUGGUUUGACGAUACAGCGGAAGAGAGUUCCCAAUCUUAUUAUGGAAGCAAAACUCUACCACUUUGGAGAUGAAAAGAUGUGAAUUUGGAAAUCCAGCUGGAGACCAUUUCUUUUUGGAAAUGAAUGCAGCCAGAGGUGCACCUAGGUAAUUUUGGAGCCUGGACCUAAAGGCUUUUGGAAGGCCACCCACCCAGUAUUUUUAACAUGCCCACACAUUCUGCGACAAAAUAAAAAGGAUUUGGGGGCUCCCAGGCGGUGUGGGGGGCCUGGACCUCGGCCUGGAAGUCCAGGGGUAAAAGCCCCUCUGGAUGCAGCAGCGGGCAGCUUAUCUUCAAGAAAGGGAGUGCAGCUUGAGACUAGUUGUUCAGGGGGAGCUGAGGUGCCGUGAGUAAAGAAGGCUGUGUGUUUUGGGGUACAGUAUGUGCAGGCCCUGUGGGGAGCAGCAGGGUGCAGUAUUACAUAUGACAUUCUUACACCACUGUGCAGUACUUCAGGGUGGAAUACAGGAGGGAGAGAAAGAAGAAUUGGCAGUGCUCUGUCCUGGCACUAUUUAUGCACACACACACACACACACACCUGCCAAGAACUGGUGCUCUUGGUCUGCUUCGUGGAUGGGCCAACCCUGGUGAUACACAACCAUUUUUAGACUAUGCCACCAAGCCAGGCAGUGGCAGUCAACUCCAGCCAGGGGGGAGAUAAGAGAGGUACCCCACCAGUAAGGCAAGGAGAGGGAAAUGAACACCCAAUCAGGGUAAGGAAGGGCAGCAGCAAUGGACAGUGGGGUGAGGUGGGGGUCUGUGAUGGCUUGCUGCCUGCCUGCUGCGUCCUUCCCCACACUUGAGGUGGCUGCCCCCAUCCUGCAACAUGGAAGGGAUGCCUCUGCUUUCUAGACUCCCAGCCCCCUUGCCAUCCAACAUGUUGCUAUUUGAUUCUAUAGCUAUGGGGGUGGGAUGAUCCACAGGGCUGAGAGAGAAAUCCAGAUCAGAAUGGGACUGAACCCAAGGCAUCUGAUCUCUGGGGUGCAUCUCUCAUCCUCGGUGGCAUUGCAAACGAUCCUGGGCAGCACUUCUUGGAUCAUGGACUGCACGCGGAUGCUGCUCAAAAUAGUGGUGUUCCAAGAAUCCCUGAGGUUGCUUGCACAGUUGGGGUGCCCCCACCCAAAGCAGGGACUAUACAUGCAGAUGUUUGUCCACAUCAAAGUGAACGAGGAAAGCAGGUUCCUUAUAUCCCAAAAACAUUUAUCUAAGAGAGAUAUUCUUACACCUAUGACACUCCAAGGAACACUUCAGCUGUAUUCACCCUUGCAUGGAUUUAGGAAUCCGUUUCUCUGCUUCUUGUUAAGGGAGCAUUUUUCGAUCCAUUAAAAUGAAAGAUGAAAUAAUAUCAGAAGCAUUUGUUGUGGCAUGAGAAAACUGGCACCCAUUCAGAAGCUGAGCCUUUCAAGUCCAUUGAUUUCAAAUGCAAGCAACUUAAGAUGGCAUGUUUCACCUUUUUAGUACGAGAUACCAGAUUUGAACUUUGGAUUUUGAAUUGAAACAUCUAAUUUGUGGAUUUAAUACCUGAAUAUUGGGGUUCUGGUGGCGGGGUGGGGUGGGGGGAAUCUGUGUUUGCUGCAAGAUUGCAAACUUCAUGAAGUUCAGAGUUGAUUAUGUUUUCAGACACCGUUUUGAGCUCUGCUUUAGAUGCAAGCCCACAACAGGGCUGUCUGCAACAGACCAUGAGAAGAACAUGUAGGCAGAGUCACGCCCACAGCAGACAAACAGCAUGGGCAUAGGCUUUAUUGCUUUGAAAGGCUGCAGGUUGUGGGUUUCUUUGUUUGCUUAGAUCGGAAGUAUGUGGUUCUGUGGUAUCCUACCACAAUGCCUUCCAGCACAGAGCUAGCACGAACCACCCGAUGCCUGCCACUGGGCCUCUGUUACAAGCUAAUAAAGCCAUUUAUUUCUCACCA